AUGGCGUGCUAUUAUCCUUAUUGUCCUUCGUUGCAAGAAGAAUUUGUGAGAUUAUUUGCACAUGAGAGGAAUGUUCAAGUUGUUGCGGAACCUAUAGACGAAACAGAUCUUUUCAUUCAUCGUCCUACCAGAAAUGAGGAAUUAGAGAAAAUUUGGGAAGAUUUUAGAAAUAACGGUCAGGAUAUGGAAUAUUGUCCUGAUGAAGAGAAAACUGACAUAUUGUUGGAAACUCUGAAAGAGAAAAAUAAUAAUGUGGUAUUUAGUAAUAUUUUUACUAUUGGACGCCCGAAGAAAAGGAAGCAAAAACCAACCAAGGUUGAUAAGAUUUGCGUGUUUUGUAAAAACAACGGCUGCCAUGAGUCUGUAUAUAACAGUCAUGUUUUAAAAGAUCGAAAUGGUAAUGUGACUUGUCCAUUUCUUCGUGAAUAUGAAUGUCCUAUAUGCCAUGCAUCAGGUAACAAUGCUCAUACUAUAAGAUUUUGUCCUAGCAAGAAAAUCCAAGUAACUUUGGAAUCUUCGGAUUCAGACAUUGAUACAAUUUCGACAAAAAGUUAG